AUGUCCUCUCUAAGCCGUGAUCCAUCUUUAUUUGCACAUCAAAGAUUUCCAAGUGAAGAGCAAUCCUGUAAGAAAUGUGAGAAAUCCCUUAUCAAUGACUUGCAAGUUCCUGGACAUCAGAGAAUUCGUAUUGGCAAGAAAUUCUAUGAAUGCAAGGAAUAUAAAAGUGCCCUUAGUAGGGACUUUUACUUUACCCAACAUCAGAGAGUUCAUAGUGAUGAAAAACCCCUUGAAUGUAAAGAAUGUGGCAAGGAUUUUAGUUUUGUAUCAGUCCUUAUUCGACACCAACAAAUUCAUAGUGGUGAAAAACCAUAUGAGUGUAAAGAAUGUGGCAAGACCUUUGGUAGCGGUGCAAACCUUACUUAUCAUCAGAGAAUUCAUACUGGCGAGAAGCCUUAUGAAUGUAAGGAAUGCGGGAAGGCUUUUGGAAGUGGCUCAAACCUGACUCACCAUCAGAGAAUUCAUACUGGUGAGAAACCCUAUGAAUGUAAGGCCUGUGGGAAAGCCUUUAGUUUUGCAUCAGGCCUCAUUCGACAUCAGAUAAUUCACAGUGGAGAAAAGCCUUAUGAAUGUAAGGAGUGUGGGAAGGCCUUUAGUUUUGAGUCAGCCCUUACUAGGCAUCACAGAAUCCACACAGGUGAGAAACCUUAUGCGUGUAAGGACUGUGGGAAGACCUUUGGCAGUUGUUCCAACCUCACUCAACAUCUGAGGAUUCACACUGGUGAGCGACCCUAUAAAUGUAAAAUAUGCGGAAUGGCUUUUACUGGUGGCUCCGCCCUUACUCGGCAUCAGAGAAUUCAUACUGGUGAGAAGCCAUAUAUAUGUAAUGAAUGUAGGAAGGCCUUUAGUUUUGGGUCCGCUCUCACUAGGCAUCAAAGAAUUCACACUGGUGAGAAACCGUAUGUAUGUAAGGAAUGCGGGAAGGCUUUUACUAGUGGUUCAGACCUCACUCAGCAUCAGAGGAUUCACACUGGUGAGAAACCCUAUGAGUGUAAGAAAUGUGAGAAAGCCUUUAGAAGUGGUUCAAAACUUAUUCAGCAUCAGAGAAUGCACACUGGUGAGAAACCUUAUGACUGUACAGAAUGUGGGAGGGCCUUCAGCAGUAACUCAGACCUCACUCAGCACCAGAGAAUUCACAGUGGAGAAAAACCCUAUGAAUGUAAGGAAUGUGGGAAGGCUUUUGGCAGUGGCUCGAAACUUAUUCAACAUCAAAUCAUUCAUACUGAUGAAAAACCCUAUGAAUGCAAGGAAUGUGGGAAGUCUUUUAAUAGUGGCGCAGCACUUAAUCGACACCAGCGAAUACACACUGGUGAGAAACCCUACAGAUGUAAGGAGUGUGGGAAGGCCUUUAGCAAUGGCUCAAACCUCACUCAACACCAGAGAAUUCAUACAGGGGAGAAACCUUAUGGAUGUAAGGAAUGUGGUAAAUGUUUUGGAAGGAGUUCAGAUUUUAAGCAACAUAUGAAAAGUCAUUCUGGAGAUAAACUUUGUAAACUGGAAACUCUUAUGAAUUGCAUUUAG